CCCGGGCACGGCCCCGGCCGCCGGCUGGUCAAGGGGCUUGGGCCCAAGGGGUCGGGUCUGGGCCUAGGCCGUCCGGGCGCCUGGUUGCUCCGAGCCAAUUGCCGGCAUUGCCCCUGCAGCGACCGCGACACCGCCAAAUGCCCGACCGAAUCGUGUUUCAUGUUCAUGUUCCGGAACCGAAGAAACACGCUCGCUAAGCGUCUGUGGAAUGCCCGCGUGCUGCAGCGCGGCGACCACGCGGCGUCCCCCGCCGUCCCCGCGGCCUCGGCGCCCUCGCAGCAGGCCCUGCUCAGGAACACGUUCUUGAAGCGCCUCAAGGAGCCCCAACUGGAGACGCUGCUGCAGGCCGUCGAGUCCCGAGGGGCCAGCCUGACGAGCUGCGUCGUUCUGGACGCCCCCAGCCUUGGCCCCGGCGGCCCGCUGGCCGGCACGCCCGGCCUGUCCGGCCCGGCGCCCGCCGAGCCGCACCUGCUGUGCUGCCAGAUCUGGCGGUGGCCCGAGCUGCAGCAGGGCUCCGAGCUGCGGCAGCUGCCCAUGUGCACCAACAGCAGCGCCACCACCAUCUGCUGCAACCCUUACCACUGGAGCAGGCUGUGCAAACCUGAAUCACCCCCGCCACCCUACGGUCGCCUCCCUGAAAAGCCGCUGAAACCUGAAGACUGUGCCCCAAGUGAAGGCGGCCAUGCGGUGCAGCGGGUGCCGCCCUCGCCUCCCCGCGAGGACCCCCUGGACCCCCUGUCCCACGACGAGCACGACGGACACGCCGAGCCCUGCAAAGCCGCCGCCUGGGGGCGGACGCCCCCGCGGUGGCAGGACUGGCAGAGUUGGCAGGGCUCCCUCACGACCAAUGGCGAAGGCGCCACCGGGCUGGGGCUGCCCCCUGAGCUGCGGCCGUGGUGCCAGCUGGCGUAUUGGGAGCUGGCGGACCGCGUCGGCAGGCUCUACGAAGUGCACCCGCCCUUCAUCAACGUGUCGGCCGCGGCCGAGCCGUCCAACCAGGGCCUGUGCCUCGCCACCCUGGCCAACCACGCGCCGCCCCGGCCGGCCGGCACGCCGCCCGCCCUCGCCGUCGAGAGGACUCGCGCCAAAAUCGGACUUGGCGUGACCCUGUCUCAGGAGGAGGACGGCGUGUGGGCGUACAACCGGUCGGACAACCCCAUCUUCGUCAACUCCCCGACGCUGGACGACCCCGAGUCGCGCACGCUGCUGGUGUACCGGGUGCCCCCGGGCCACUGCCUCAACGUCUUCCGGGCCGACACCACCACCGAGCACUGGGAGCGCUGGCGGCGCUUCAACGAGGCCACCAACUCGGGCCCCGUGGACCCCAACGCCGUGAGGAUCUCCUUUGCCAAGGGCUGGGGUCCCAAGUACUCCCGGCAGGAGGUGACGGCCUGCCCCUGCUGGAUCGAGGUUCUGCUCAGUCCGUGUAGGUGACAUCCCCGCCCCGUCCCCAUCGCCACCCCCCGUCCCGCCCCCUUUCCCGCCCCCCUUCCCGCCCCCUUCCCGCCCCCCUUCCCGCCCCCUCGCCUCCCCAGCGGAUCGGCCUGCUCGCGUCGGACGCGGCACCGGCCGUCCGUACAAGAAUCCAUGCAUUUUGUUCAUCCUACUUAUUAGGAGGAAGAAGAAGAGAAGGGCCCAUGGGUGAAGUUUGUGUAAACCUCACUUUCGCUAACAUUUCGUCUGAGGAGAUGCAGUUUGUUUUAUUUGUUGUUGAUGUUGUCAUUUAUGUUUAUUUUAUUUUUAACCGGUGUAGAAUUGGUCUCUUCCUAAAGUUAAAAAAGAAACAAAAGUCUGUCACAUAAGUGUUUUAGUUUUGUUUUGUCGACAAGCAUUUGCCCAUGGGACGAAGGAAGAGCAGAGGAGAAGGAGAAGAUGAUUAUUACUGUGAUUGUUCGAAACUUUAUAGAAUGACAUUUUCGAGCUAUUUCUUCCAAGAAGAGAAGCAUAGGAAAUUGUUUUUAUUCUUUGGAUGUUACCUUUUUGUUUCAGUAGAUUUUACAAACAUAAUUCAAUUAGAAUACUACAAAAUAAUGUAUCAUUGCUGCAACCAGGCUUUAUCAUAGAACAAUUUAUGUCAAUGACUGAAAGUUAUUUUUUAAUUGUAAGUUUCAAGCCUGACAUGGGCUACGAGAUCGAAAUGUGAUUGGGAGCUAUACCAGCUAUUCAGGACAAACCGCUACAUCCAUGCAUAAUUUUCUCCAGAACAUUUCCAUUUAUAACCAUCAACUAAUUGUUUCAUGAGAAGUUUAAAAAAUUUUCAGAAAAGACUAAGCCAAAAUUUUCCCAAACUAAUUAUGUUUUUCAUUUGGAACAGUUGGAAUUGAAGCUUUUUAGUUAAACUCCUUGUAAUUUAAUAAAUGAGAAGAUAGCAAUCAGGGUACGGAAAUAUGUUGUUGAAUGUUCAUCUCAUGACUGCUACAUCUUUGAUAAUGCUCCCUUUUGGAUGCAAACUUUUUAUGCUGGCUUUUAAAUACGUAUUUGUGGGUUUUGGAAAAUGUUUCCUUGCCACUUGUAUUUUGUAUAAUUUAACUUUCAAAGCUUAUAUUUAUAUUAAAAGGUAUACAUAAUUUAAUAUCAAAUUUUGUGUACUGUAUAGAGGAAUUCAAAUUCUAGCAUUAAUAUUUAAUGAAUUGUGAAAUAACUGUGCAAUUUUGUCAGUGUGUAGACGUAUGCGUAAGUUUAGUUUCAAAGCCAUUGUUUAAUUUAUAAAAGAACUGCACAAAUUUGGAAUGAUAUGAAGUGUGGGUCCAAUUGUAACCAGAAAUGUAUAUUAACCCUCAUGCCACUAAAGGCAGGGUUUCACUUUUGUCCGUCCAACAAAAUGCCUAGCAAUUGCUGAUAAUUGCUAUCUUAGACUGAUAAUUGUUGAACAAUUGUGAACAGGUUCCAUGACAAGAACCUUACAAGGAAAGGCAAGCAAUGGUCUUGUCAGAGUAUAAAAGACAUGGAAGGCACCUUGCCAGCUUGCAGUGACACAAAGGAGAUAAUAGUAACUAGUCCUAUUUAAAAUGCCUCUUGCUACAGUGACAAAUUUACAGCCAUUGUUUGUUACUAUGGUAUGUGUUUACUGUUGGGGCGUAGUCAUUUGUAAGUUAAGUUUCCUCUAUUUUUCCCUGAAUUAUUCUCUUUUUUUACAAGCCUCUAUACGUAUUGCCAGUGAUCUUCAGGACUCUGUGAAUGGUGGGACUCCAGAUUAGUGACUAAGACCGUUGUAAUGUUACUGAACAAUGUUUAUUUUACCUAGUUCCAACCCUGCAAGGUGCACUUUCCUACAUUUUUCAAUUUUCUUUUUCUGAUUUAUUUUUUCCAUUUUACCUGCCUUCUAGUACAAUUCUUAUAUUAAGUUCUCUGGCACAAAAUGGAACCUUUUUCCACAAAGUCAUUUCCAAUCUGUUUUGAGUACUUUUGUGACAUGGAAUAUUUUGCUUUGCUUUGCUUGAUCUUCCCAUGUGGAGUACAGCUGGUGAGGCUACUAUUGCUACUAUAAACAGUUCAAGUACUCAGAGAUGUACUUCACAUUCCAGCUGUAGAUGAGAGUUUUAAUACUUGUGUUUAGUUUCUUUAAACCAUGAGAACUUUUAUGUGCCAACGGAGUUUGAGUAGUUCCUGUAUUAAAAUGAACUGAAAUAGUCUUUGCCAAUUCACUUUGACGUCAAAUCGUGUGUUCUUAAACCAUCCUUCUUAUUAACUGAAUGAAAUCAGUAUCACAUUUGGUGCCCUCUUUUUCUCAGAGCAUUGUUUUGAUUCUCAAUAUCUUUCACUGGGGCUUGUACCCACCAAGAACGGAGAAUUGUUUCGCUGCUGAAAGUGGUGCUGAUUUUUGUUAAAUGACUACUCUCACUAUUUGAACUACACCACAGCAUUUAUAUUCCAACAUUUGAAGCUAUAAGUUUGGACAGUUAACCAACUCUCCCUCAUUUCAGUAAUGUGUGUUUAUUGAACUGGAAAUUACAAUGCAAAGAGCAAGCAAUCGAAUUAUGAGUUUUUCAUUGCUACCUCAUUAAGUAAGCCCUAUAGAACUGCAAAUCAGGGGGCAGUCUGAAAAAUUGUUCUUCUGACAGUCUCUUUAUGAGUAAUGCCUGUUUCAUGUACUGCAUGUGGUUCUUCAUACUGUUUUAUUGUAGGAAACUUUGAAACAAACAGGAAAAAAAUGAUUGUGUCUCAAGGCAAGCCUCAUCACAGUAAUUCCAAGGAUGUGCAGUUUUGUUGUUUGUUGAAAUUUGGUUCUAGUCAAAGUAUGUGCUUAGACUUUGUAUGCCCUGACUAUGUAGUAAAUUUUGAUUUUGAUUUUUUUUAAAAUAUGGAUUUACCUAAUUUUCUGCACAAUUUGAACUCAGUCAUAUGUAACACCGAUGUUUCUUCACUCUUUUCUGUUUUGCUCCACAUGAUUUUAAUAUUCGGGAUAUUUCAUUCCAUUUUAUUUUAAGUCCACAAAUGUGUACCAGCUUUCUUAUGGAAUUCCUUCUGGUAUUUACUUGUGGAGGUGCUAAUUUGUCAAGGAAUUCUUUGUAUUGCAUGGUAUAUUUUGUAAUAUUUGUCAUUACUACAUUGGAUACCUCGAUAGACCAACAAUGAAUGGUUUUUAUGAACUAUGUUCAACCAGCAUCUAUUUAUGCUUGUUGAGUAAAUUAUUAUGUCCAGCAUGCCCACACAUUGCCAAGUCAGGUUGAAAAGUACAAUUAGAAGUCUCAAACAUGCUAAUUAAAUGAAAUCAAUUAAAGUUUUGUACUUAGCCAGUGAUGGAUUGUAAGCUAUGAUCAGGACCAAGCAGUUAGCUGGUUAUCUGCAUCAAACUGUAUAAAAUGUAUCUUAUGAAUAACAGGGGAAAAAUAUAAAUUUCUCAUCCACUUUAAAA